CAAGGUAAACAACUUCCUUUGACAGAUAAGGCUAGUGAAAAUCAUUUCGUUCAUCGGGUUGUUUCAAUCGACAGGAUAAUUAUAACCAAUAAAAGAAAGUUUUCAUCAUGAGUGUACGGACAUACAACCCGUCUGUUCGAGUCGGUAAUUGGAAUGAAGAUAUUCAGCUCGAGGAGGAUAGUUUGAAAGAUUUUUUAGAUAAAAGAGAGAAGGGUGAAUUACUGAUACAGAAAAACGGUAAUUUAGCUGGUGUAGCAUUACAGAAGAAACAACUGAGUAUUUCUCAAGAUGGUUAUGUUCACUAUGGCCACAUGGUCAUGUUAUGUUGUAAAGGUGCUGCCGAUAGAACAAAAUAUUUUACUGGAGUCGACCCCCGUGAUGAUUGUUCCCUGGCCCUCAAUUUAACAGAUCCCAUGCAACUAACACAAGAUAAAUUUGCCGACAUAUGUGGAGUGUCAGGUUGCGUAUCAAUGGAGCCAGUUUUAAGAAAUGUUUUCUGUGUUAAAAGUAUUGAAGGAUGUAAUGAUGGAGAUGUUUUAAGAUAUGGUCAGCCAUUUUAUUUAUCAACUUUACCAGAAGCUGGAAAUUUAUUGUUACACAGUGAUCAGCUUACGUUUAUGAAAUGUACGAAGAAAUCUCGUCAUCAGCUUGUAUCGUUAGUUAGUGAAGCAUCGUUUUUAACUCAGUGGAUGAUUUUACAUAAAGAUCCCAGAUUACGCAUGGAGUUUGAAGGGGCACCUGUUCCGGCUAAUGAACCAGUAAUUGUUACUCACUGUAAAACCAAUCAGAAUUUAUCUGUAGAGGAAGCCUUCCGUGUUAGAACCCCCCUAGGACGUGAGUACGAGAUAUCCUCUCAUACUAGUCUCAAUUCUCAUAAAGCUGAAGAAGACUUCAAUAUCUGGACCAUUACCAUGGGUGUUCCUGGUGACAGUAUGAUGACAUCACUAUCACAGAACACCAACCAAUCAGCAAUGUCAUCAGAAUUCAAAAGCCAAUCAAUUCCCUUGUCAUCUGCAACAACACCAUCCACAGCCAAUCAAAACACAGCAGAGCAGCCUACAACAACAGAAAAUUAAAAAAAUAUAUAUAACUACCAAAAGUAAAAUAUGAAAACAGAUUUUUAAAUAUUAUUUAUUUUUUAACAACAUGGAUACCUGUAAAAACCAAAUCAGCAUUAAAUAUCCAAGAUAUAAGAAGAUUAAUAGAUUUUACCUGUUAUUUUUUAUUUUUUAUUUUGUGUGUGACUACGGCCCUACAGUCAAACAUUGAUAGACAGGGUGAUGAAUACCCAUAUUCCACAUUGAAUUAGUCCCUGGAUAAGCAUGGAAUACACCCUGGAUACGCAUGGAAUACUUCCUGGAUAACCAUGGAAUAAUGAUUCUUAAAUAUACAUUAUACAAGAGCUAAAUCUGUCUAUUGUAGGUCUUUCUUUAGGCAUGAAAUGUGUUCUAAAUUAUUAAUUAGACAUUAAUUAACUUAUCCAGACCAUAAUCAUCUCUCGAUUCUAACUUAUGUGUUAGAUUUUUACUGGAUUUGAAUCCGAUCCGCUGCUCAACGCUCAUUGAUGAUUUAAUUCAAAAAUGGAUAAUUGAGACUAUUUUUUUUUUUAUCGUACUGACUUUAGUAAUGAUCAUCAAGGCUAGACCUAAAAUUCAAUCCCUAAUAUCUCGGUUCAGAGUGGAGCAAUUUCAGCAUAUUCCCUUUGCAUUAUCUAGUUGUUAACUAUUAUAGUGAGAACUGCCAGCUCUUUAUCUAAUCUCCCAUAAUGUAUCUUUAACAUCAUUGCUUGAUAAAUACUAGAUAAGCCUUGUUGAAAGGUAAUUGUAUUCUAUAGAAUUGUCACCUGUAUAUUUCGGAUUCAGUUGAAAGAAUUUAGAUAAGAUCUGGUCAGUGUUUGAAAAUAUUUAACUCACACCCUCACCUGUAAUUACCUUUGAUAUUUUUAUUACCGUAUGAUUUGAUUUUAUAUAAAAAUACUAUUUUUACAACAAGUGAAUGUGUGAUUAGGGAAGAUAUUUAUAAAUUAUAAUUAUGUACCGGUAUGGUUAUUUUGUUUUGUGUUAUAUUUUUGUUUUUCUGUAGGAUUUUUUGUAUAUAUAUACAUGUAACUAUUUAUCAUAUAAACUCAUAAAUAAU